GUUCCCACUCCGAACAUCACAUCCAGUCAAACUACAAUUUCACUGUCUUCUAGCCUUUCUUCUCGAGCCCCCUUGACAUAGUUGCAAUGUUUCCUGAAUCGUUGCCGAGUCUAGCUCCAGCCUCAGCGCCAUGGGGCUUCCUGGUCUGCGGCCUAUUGGGCUUCGUGUUUCUGUGGCAGACCGCCCGGCUGCUAGAGCAGCUGUGGUGGCAGCCAAGGCGGCUGGAGCGGGCGCUUCGCGCGCAGGGCCUCCAUGGCACGUCAUACCGUUUCCUCACCGGCGAUGUGAACGACUUCGCCCGGCUAAACAGGGAGGCGUGGUCGAAGCCCAUGCCUCUGGGUAGCCACGACAUCGGCCCACGCAUCUUGCCUUUCCUCUACAAAACCGUCCAGGAGCACGGCAAGCCGUGCAUCUCUUGGUUCGGGCCGUUGCCUAAGGUGACCAUCACGGAUCCUGCCCUCGUCAGGGAAGUGAUGUCCAGCAAGUUUGGCCACAUAGAGAAGAUGAAGUUCCCGGCGCUGUCCAGGCUCCUCGCUGAUGGCGUGGGGAGCUACGAGGGCGAGAAAUGGGUCACGCACAGGAGGAUACUCAACCCUGCAUUCCAUCUCGAGAAGCUCAAGCUCAUGAUGCCCGCAUUUUCUGCGUGUUGCGAAGAGCUUGUCAGCAGAUGGACAGAGUCCCUUGGUUCUGACGGCUCGUGGGAGGUGGAUGUCUGCUCAGAACUCCAGAGCCUCACCGGAGAUGUCAUCUCACACACCGCAUUCGGCAGCAGCUACCGGGAAGGAAGAAGGAUUUUCCAACUGCAGAACGAGCAAAUUGGGCGCUUCAUGGCAGCCGUUCACAAGUUUUUCAUUCCCGGUUACAUGUCCUUUCCUACCAAAAAUAACCGAAGGAUGCAGCAAAUUAAUAACGAGAUUGAGUCCAUUCUACGUGGUCUAAUUGGGAAAAGGCUGCAAACUAUGCAGGAAGGAGAAAGCACGAAAGACGACUUACUCGGCUUAUUACUGGAGUCGAGCAUGACAGACACGGAUGCCAACGGCAAAUCCAGCUUAGCAAUGUCAAUAGAAGAGGUGGUUGAGGAGUGCAAGCUAUUCUAUUUCGCCGGUAUGGAGACGACAUCUGUGCUGCUCACAUGGACAAUGAUCGUACUCAGCAUGCACCCAGAGUGGCAGGACCGGGCAAGGGAAGAAGUUGUUACCCUGUUUGGGAAACAGAAACCCGAGUACGAGGGUCUUAAUCGACUCAAAUUCGUGACAAUGAUUCUUUAUGAAGUUCUCCGACUGUACCCGCCGGCCAGUGCACUGACCCGGAGAACAUACAAAGAGAUUGAGAUCGGAGGCAUCAGGUACCCCGCCGGCGUGGUCUUCGAGAUGCCCGUAUUGUUCAUCCACCAUGACCCGGAAAUCUGGGGAACCGACGUGCAUCAGUUCAGGCCGGAUAGGUUCGCGGAAGGGGUCUCCAAGGCGUCCAAGAAUCCGGGCGCAUUCCUUCCGUUCGGUUGGGGGCCGCGGAUCUGUAUCGGACAGAACUUUGCGUUGCUAGAGGCCAAGAUGGCAUUGUGCAUGAUCCUUCAGCGCUUUGAGUUCGAGCUCGCACCGUCGUAUGCCCAUGCGCCGCACACCGUGAUGAUGUUGCGUCCCAUGCAUGGUGCCCAGAUUAAGCUCCGGGGAAUCAGUUCAUAAUACUGCGAUCUCCUCCUAAUAUAGAUGUUGUUCAUUUGCGUGCCUAUAUGAUAAAUUCUAGCUAUGUAAUAAAGCUCUAGUUACCUUUUGUUCGUGCUAAUAAAACUCCGGGCUUUCGCAUGGUCCCAACUCCCAACUGUCUUUUACUGAUCGAAGAAUCUAUAAAGUAUUACUAGCUUCUGUGGUGCUCA